CAAAUAGGUAAGUAGGUAAACUGUAUGCCUACCAAUCGAGCUACGAGAAAAGCAUUUUCUUUUCAUUUAGGUAUGAACCUUUAGUUUUCGUCAUGUAUUGGUCUAUGAGCAAAAUACAGAAAACAGGAGCACUUUUUAUCAUGAUUUUUCUAUCUUGGGUCACUGCUUUUGAUGAGGCUAAAGAUGAUAAAACUCUAACUCUUAAAUUAGGGUUCGAUCUAACGCGAGAGAAAAAUAAAGCUCCAUCACUUCGGAUAAGAAACUUUGAAGUGUUUCCAGAGUUCAAUGGAGAAAAAUUUAAAGAAGAGAAUAAAAGAAAAAGAGCCGAGUCGUCCAAUGAGAGCGAUGAGCCAGCUAAAGAUAAAGUUGCUUCUGAAGAUAAGGAACCAAAAGACAGUGAUGAAUCAGAAGAUGUUGAUACAUCCGGUUCUGUCGAUAGUCAACGUUUGAGCACGAAAGGUAUAUCGCCUGAUGAAUUUGAACCUGAACGUAGUCCCAGUUUUCACGGACGAAUUAACAGCAAAAGCUCGGAUUCAGAGUAGGACUAAGUAGGUAGUUACCUGAAAUAAAUAAUUUAAUUUA